AUGGAUGUUAGCAACAACGUCAUCAAAACCCUAACUCGGUGGUGUCUUGUUUUACAAGCCAUCAUGAUCUCAUUCAACACCGUGGCUCUCAAGGAACCUGACUACGUAAACAUGAACGUAACAAUCCGUAAUGCAAUGACCGGGCUAAUCCGCCCGGAAAUCGUCUAUCGAUGCCAGUCUAAACGCAAAGACUAUGGUUGGCAUCGAUCUACAAAACCAGGAACUCAGUUUUCAUUCCCAAUAAUUCUCAUAAAGGGAGAAAGCAAGAUACCGGCGAUUCAUAUCUGCCAUGUCCGGUCCGCCUUGGGAACCGCCACACUCGUGAUUGAAAACACUUAUCUCGACGCGUCGCUGAGAUGUGUCCUAAAUCAUCAUGUGCUCAUGAAGCGACACCAAAAGGGAUCUUGUUUAGAGGCCUUGAAUGGGAUUUCAAAACCGUGUUUCCAAAACUCAAACCAGUUGAGUAUCUAG